CAAACUCCGCCUCGAAAGAACCCCGGAGCUGCCUCGGGGCCCCCGGACUGCCGCUGGGCUCGUUCCCCUCUCCCCUCCCGACCUCCUCUUCCACCGCCGCGGGCACUCUCGGGGCAUUUUGACUUCGGGCUUCUUCCCUCGCUUUUUCUCGCCGCCCCGCAGCCGGGCCCCGCGCGUCCCGCCAGCGCGCUGUCGCUUUAAGCCGGUGCCUAGCGCGGCGCCCCUCCCUCACCCCAGCCGGCGCUCCCCGGCUGCUCCUCGCAGCCCCUCCCGCUCCUCCUCCUCCUCCUCCUCCCCUCCCGCUCCUCCUCCUCCUGCGCUCCCGCUCGUCCUCGCCGCCGCCGGCCCGCCGCCCGCUCCGCUCCGCUCCUCGCAGCCUCCCGGACCCGCAGCCAUGGCCGACAUCAAGACGGGCAUCUUCGCCAAGAACGUGCAGAAGCGGCUCAACCGCGCGCAGGAAAAGGUCCUUCAGAAGCUUGGGAAAGCUGAUGAGACAAAAGAUGAGCAGUUUGAAGAAUAUGUCCAGAACUUCAAGCGGCAAGAGGCAGAGGGUACCAGGCUUCAGCGAGAACUCCGAGGAUAUUUAGCAGCUAUCAAAGCCAUGCAAGAAGCCUCCAUGAAGCUCACCGAGUCGCUGCACGAAGUCUAUGAGCCUGAUUGGUAUGGGCGGGAAGAUGUGAAGAUGGUGGGCGAGAAAUGUGAUGUCCUGUGGGAAGACUUCCAUCAGAAACUAGUGGAUGGGUCCUUGCUGACACUGGAUACCUAUCUGGGCCAAUUUCCUGACAUAAAGAAUCGCAUUGCAAAACGCAGCAGGAAGCUGGUGGACUAUGACAGCGCUCGCCACCAUCUAGAAGCUUUGCAGAGCUCCAAGAGGAAGGAUGAAAGUCGAAUCUCUAAGGCAGAAGAGGAAUUUCAGAAAGCACAGAAAGUAUUUGAAGAGUUUAACGUUGACUUACAAGAGGAGUUACCAUCGUUAUGGUCAAGACGAGUUGGGUUUUAUGUCAACACUUUCAAAAAUGUUUCCAGCCUCGAGGCCAAGUUUCAUAAGGAAAUAGCAGUGCUUUGCCACAAAUUGUACGAAGUGAUGACGAAGCUGGGCGACCAGCACGCUGACAAGGCCUUCACCAUUCAAGGAGCUCCCAGCGAUUCUGGUCCUCUCCGCAUCGCAAAGACCCCAUCGCCGCCCGAGGAGCCUUCGCCCAUCCCGAGCCCAACAGCUAGUCCCAAUCACACGCUGGCACCUGCGUCUCCUGCACCAGCAAGGCCUAGGUCACCUUCACAGACCAGGAAAGGGCCUCCUGUCCCACCUCUGCCCAAAGUCACUCCAACAAAGGAACUUCAGCAGGAGAACAUCAUCAAUUUCUUUGAGGACAACUUUGUUCCGGAAAUCAGUGUGACGACACCUUCGCAGAAUGAAGUCCCCGAGGUGAAGAAAGAGGAGACAUUGUUGGAUCUGGACUUUGACCCCUUCAAGCCUGAGGUGACACCUGCAGGUUCUGCUGGAGUGACCCACUCACCCAUGUCGCAGACAUUGCCCUGGGACCUAUGGACGACAAGCACUGAUUUGGUACAACCGGCUUCCGGUGGUACAUUUAAUGGAUUCACCCAGCCCCAGGACACUUCAUUGUUCACCAUGCAGACAGACCAGAGCAUGAUCUGUAACUUGGCUGAAUCUGAACAGGCCCUACCCACAGAGCCGAAAGCAGAGGAGCCCCCUGCUGCCGCCACACCUGCUGUCGGGCUGGACUCUGGACUGGACACCCGGGCUGAGGAGCCAGUGGAGGGGGCAGUGGUCGUGCCUGGGACGGAUGCUGAUGUGACUGUUGCAACCUUGGUUUCGGCUGCUGAGGAGGCCCCGGUGGAGGAGGCAGAGAUGGAGAAGGCAGCUCUUCCCACUGGGGAAGGAGCAGGUGUAGAGGAGGCCCGGACCGACGCGGAUACUGCACAGGCCGUGGAUGGUGACAGAUCUCAACCCGAAGAGUCCGAAGUAGCAGCACCUCAGGAGAAGGUCAUCCCUUCAGUCGUCAUAGAGCCCGCCUCCAACAAUGAAGGGGAAGAACACGAAGCAGCUGAGGUGGCAGAGACCAAGGAGACCCCCAUGGCCGCGGCUUCUGCCAGCGAGCCGCCAGAGCUGGCCGCAGAGCCCAGGGCGGGUGAGGACUCCCAGCCCGUGCCUUCCGCUCCAGCCACAAGCCAGUUGUCUCAGGAAGUGCCUCCCGGCUUCCUCUACAAGGUGGAAACACUGCACGAUUUUGAGGCAGCAAAUUCUGAUGAACUUACCUUACAAAGGGGUGACGUGGUAUUGGUGGUCCCCUCAGAUUCAGAAGCUGACCAGGAUGCAGGCUGGCUGGUGGGAGUGAAGGAAUCAGACUGGCUUCAAUAUAGAGACCUCGCCACCUACAAAGGCCUCUUUCCAGAGAACUUCACCCGGCGCCUGGAUUAGGGCCAAAAAUAUUGUAGAAAGAGCCUAUCGGGUUUUUAAACCCGCGGGGAAAACCCAAAACGUUCACUUUUGCUAUUACACUCUUAAUGAUUUACAGGCUGGUGCCAGACAAAGCUUGGAAAGAUAUAUCAAUGGAGCAUGUGUGCAAGAAAAAAAAAAAAAAAAGAUAAAAGAAAAAAAAACAAAAAAAAAAACACAAAAAAUGUGAGAGAAAAAAGUAAAUUACAGAUAAGGUCCUCACUGGUUCCCACGUUAUCGAUUAACAGGUUUAUUUGUGCUUUGUCCAAGCUGUGGAGACUCUUGUACUUGAUCCCCUCCCACCAGUGCUGCAGUAGCUUUCUCCAGACCAGAACCUUAAUUUCUCUGCGCCAAGUGUAUGGUAUUGAGCGGCUGUCCUGCAGAAGACGUGAUGAGUUAUCCUGUAGUUUGAGAUUAUCUUGUUCCCUUGCACAGGUGUGAGCACGUGCUGGCUCUCUCCCAAGUUUACGGUGUUUAAAAAACUGUUGGCACACGUUUUCAGUGUUCUUUCCCACCACCUCUCUCUCUGUAUAUGUAUAAGGACACACAGGUACACACGCUAGUUCCCAUCUCUCCCCGAUCUAUGUGUAUGCCCAGCACAACGCUACAUAUACAUAGUUGCCUUUUGCUUUCUUUCGUUCCAUCCGAGCUCUUUGCCUCUCGAGUGUCAUUGAUACAUGCAUUGCCCUGGCUGUGUCUGGCAUUUACAGUUGUAGUUUUGCCUCCGGGCAAAACCCGCCAUCCCAUUGCCAAAACAGUCGACAGUAUCUGUGUUUUGUAAUGUGCAUUUUUUCAGGAUGCCAUGACGAAUAGCAUGUCAGAGCUGCUGUCCCUUUGGAGAAAGCCGAGCCUCAUUGUCUAGGUGUCCGGCUGCGGUGGCUGGAGGUAAGCUAGCUGGGAUGAGCAGCUAUGUAGUGUUAACUUUUGCCUUUCUAAGAUUGGCUGCCUGAUGGGGCAUAAAAGUCCACCCCCAAAGAACACUAUAUAUAUAUUAAAAAAAAAAAGCUCCUAUAUAUUUCCAACUCUUUAUAUUUAUGCGACUCAUCUUCCCAGAUUGUCCCGAAAUAAGAUAGGUGAUGUAUGCUGUAUCCACAAAUCAUGUGUAACGACUAUGUUUUCAGUGCUGUGUCAUUCCAAAUAAACCAUUGGUAAUCUCCAGCAAUUA